ACAUUGCUUCUCAGUUUAAUGCAAAGCACACAAGAGGAUGUUCAAGAGCGAGCAGCCACAGGACUUGCAACUUUCAUCGUUGUUGAUGAUGAGAACGCUAGUAUAGACUGUGGAAGAGCCGAAGCAGUUAUGCGAGAUGGAGGGAUCCGAAUUCUUCUAGAACUUGCUAAAUCUUGGCGAGAAGGUCUUCAAUCAGAAGCUGCAAAGGCUAUUGCAAACUUGUCAGUAAAUGCUAAAGUCGCAAAGGCAGUUGCCGAAGAAGGGGGAAUCAGUGUUCUUGCUGGUUUGGCAAAGUCUAUGAAUAGACUUGUGGCUGAAGAAGCUGCUGGUGGGCUAUGGAAUCUCUCUGUUGGAGAGGAGCAUAAGAACGCGAUUGCUCAAGCUGGAGGAGUGAAUGCGUUAGUCGAUCUUAUCUUUAGAUGGCCAACUGGCUGUGAUGGAGUUCUG